UCGGCAAUAACGAAGAAGGGACGCAGCAUACACUUGAAGAGCACAGAAGGUAAUGGCUAUGGAGUUUGAGGUUCCACCUCAGAGCCACGGCGAUUUCAUCGUCACCAGAAACGGAAUCGGAGGGACAGCGGCAUUGAAGUACUUGGACCCGUUUGUGUCGUUCUCCGAUUUUUCAAUGUCUCACCAUGCCGGAUUCGAUGAUCAUCCGCAUAGAGGUUUCGAUUCCAUCAUGUACGUGUUGGAGGGAGCUGUCGAUUACAGAGACACGAAGGGACACCAUGCUACCAUUAAUUCUGGUGAUAUCCAGUGGGUUAAAACGGGGAGAGGAACAAUCCACUCAGAGAAGGCAGCAGGCGAAGGGGUCACUCGAGCUAUUCAACUUUGGAUCAACGUUCCUUCUUCCAACAAAAUGGAUUAUCCCGAAUGCAUGGAAAUCCCAAGCAACAAUAUCAAAGAGAGGAGAUAUGAAGCAUACACAGUCAAAACAAUGGCGGAUCAUCUCCCACAUCCAAUCACGUUUUCUGAUUACGUUCUUGAUCCAAUGGCUCAUCUCUCUUGGAAUCUUCCGCAAGGAUGGAACGGUUUCGCGUACGUUCUAGAAGGCAGGGGAACCUUUGGGCCGACGUCGUGCGGGUUCAACAACCCUUCUAAACCCAACACACUGGUCGUUAUGCCCAGUUCUCCGACCACCUUCGGGGUGUAUAACGAUGACCGUAAGUCGAGACUGAGGUUUCUGCUGGUGGCAGGACGACCUAUCAACGAACCCAUUGUCCAACACGGUCCGUUCGUCAUGAACACGAAAGAUGAGAUUGAUCAGACGAUUCAGGAUUACAGAUGCCGUAGCAACGGCUUUGAUUGAGGGCUUUUGCCUAAUUUUAGCUUUUAGUAUUUUGGAACAAGGGUUUGUUUUUUUAUUUAUGAAUUAUGAAUGUUGUUAAUUAAGAUUCAUUUGGAUUUUCUAGAAUUUGAAUAUUAUAUAUAUAUUAUGUAAUUUUUCUAUUACCUAUAUCAAUCUUUUACUGUUUGCGGCCCGGUUCGAAGUCUCACUAAUCUAUAAUGGGCCUUAUUAUUACGUAAGCUCAAUAAUAGGCCCA